AUGGAUCCCAGUGUACCAGGGCAGUUAACACCCAGUGCUACAGUACUUCUUAUAAUAGGCGAACCAUUUUCGGAGGAAGAAAAGGCUCAUAUCCUUGAGGAAAUUACCAAAGGAUUCCAUUCUUGGAAUGUUGAAAGUACAGGCAUUAACAUAAAUGAAGAGCUGGCCCAGAUUGCAAGUGCAGCAUCCUUGGAAGUAGAAGAUGCUAAUU